AUGGAUUUAAAAUUGGGCAAGGGCGCUCCAGGCAUCGCCGGCGCUCCAGGAUUCCCCGGCCCCCGCGGCCCACCCGGACCCCAGGGAGCCACCGGCCCUCUGGGCCCCAAGGGACAGACGGGCGAACCUGGCAUUGCGGGAUUCAAAGGCGAGCAGGGACCCAAAGGAGAGACGGGCCCUGCAGGACCCCAAGGUGCCCCCGGACCAGCUGGGGAGGAAGGGAAGAGAGGAGCCCGCGGAGAACCCGGAGCUGCCGGACCUUUGGGUCCACCUGGAGAGAGGGGCGCUCCCGGCAACCGUGGCUUCCCUGGGCAGGAUGGGCUGGCUGGCCCCAAGGGGGCCCCGGGUGAGCGCGGCCCCGCUGGCCUGGCCGGCCCCAAAGGAGCCACUGGCGACCCCGGACGCCCUGGAGAGCCUGGCCUGCCUGGAGCCAGGGGUCUCACGGGCCGCCCCGGGGAUGCUGGGCCCCAAGGCAAAGUUGGCCCCACAGGCGCCCCUGGCGAGGAUGGACGCCCUGGACCCCCCGGCCCCCAGGGGGCUCGGGGCCAGCCUGGCGUUAUGGGGUUCCCUGGUCCCAAAGGUGCCAAUGGUGAGCCUGGAAAAGCCGGUGAAAAAGGACUUCCCGGAGCGCCAGGGCUGAGGGGACUUCCUGGAAAGGACGGAGAGACUGGAGCUGCUGGACCCCCGGGACCUGCUGGCCCAGCAGGGGAGAGGGGAGAGCAAGGAGCCCCCGGCCCCUCCGGCUUCCAGGGGCUGCCAGGGCCACCAGGUCCCCCCGGCGAGAGUGGCAAACCCGGAGAUCAGGGUGUUCCUGGAGAAGCUGGAGCCCCCGGGCUUGUGGGUCCCAGGGGCGAGCGCGGCUUCCCCGGCGAGCGCGGCUCUCCCGGCGCCCAGGGCCUGCAGGGGCCUCGCGGCCUCCCCGGCACCCCUGGCACUGAUGGACCCAAGGGUGCCACUGGCCCUGCUGGCCCCAACGGAGCCCAGGGACCCCCAGGACUGCAGGGGAUGCCUGGGGAGAGAGGAGCAGCCGGCAUCGCUGGUCCCAAGGGGGACAGGGGAGACGUUGGAGAGAAGGGACCCGAGGGAGCCCCCGGAAAGGACGGAGCUCGCGGUCUGACUGGUCCCAUUGGCCCCCCUGGCCCUGCUGGCCCCAAUGGCGAGAAGGGUGAGUCCGGCCCCCCUGGCCCGUCUGGAGCUGCCGGUGCCCGUGGUGCCCCUGGAGAGCGCGGAGAGCCCGGAGCCCCCGGCCCUGCUGGAUUUGCCGGACCCCCGGGCGCUGAUGGCCAGCCCGGAGCCAAAGGCGAGCAAGGGGAGCCUGGCCAGAAGGGUGACGCUGGAGCUCCCGGGCCUCAAGGUCCUUCCGGGGCUCCUGGACCGCAGGGUCCCACAGGUGUCACUGGUCCCAAAGGAGCUCGAGGCGCUCAGGGACCCCCGGGAGCCACUGGAUUCCCUGGAGCUGCCGGACGCGUCGGACCCCCUGGCCCAAACGGUAACCCCGGCCCCCCCGGGCCCCCCGGCUCCGCGGGCAAGGACGGCCCCAAGGGCGCGCGGGGCGACGCGGGACCCCCGGGCCGAGCAGGGGACCCAGGGCUGCAAGGCCCUGCCGGCCCCCCCGGCGAGAAAGGCGAGCCCGGCGAGGACGGCCCUGCGGGUCCAGAUGGUCCCCCUGGUCCCCAGGGGCUGGCAGGACAGCGCGGCAUCGUGGGGUUGCCGGGGCAGCGCGGCGAGCGUGGAUUCCCAGGGCUGCCCGGGCCCUCGGGAGAGCCUGGAAAACAGGGAGCACCUGGAUCUGCCGGUGACCGGGGACCCCCUGGGCCCGUGGGACCCCCCGGGCUGACGGGGCCAGCCGGAGAGCCCGGCAGGGAGGGAAAUCCCGGCUCUGACGGACCCCCAGGCAGGGACGGGGCGGCCGGGGUGAAGGGUGAUCGUGGGGAGACCGGCCCCGUGGGUGCUCCCGGUGCUCCCGGAGCUCCUGGCGCUCCCGGCCCCGUGGGACCCACUGGAAAACAGGGAGACAGAGGAGAGACGGGUGCUCAGGGUCCCAUGGGUCCCUCUGGCCCCGCUGGCGCUCGGGGAAUGCCGGGUCCCCAGGGGCCACGCGGUGACAAAGGCGAGGCGGGCGAGGCCGGCGAGCGUGGCCUGAAGGGGCACCGGGGCUUCACAGGGCUCCAGGGGCUGCCCGGGCCCCCCGGUCCUUCUGGAGACCAGGGUGCUGCCGGGCCAGCAGGUCCCUCUGGGCCCAGGGGUCCCCCUGGCCCCGUGGGCCCCUCGGGCAAGGACGGCUCCAAUGGGAUGCCUGGACCUAUCGGCCCCCCUGGGCCCCGCGGGAGGAGCGGCGAGCCCGGCCCGGCGGGUCCCCCCGGGAACCCUGGCCCACCUGGCCCGCCCGGGCCCCCCGGCACCGGCAUUGACAUGUCAGCGUUCGCGGGGCUGGGGCAGCCUGAGAAGGGCCCCGACCCCGGGCGCUACAUGCGGGCAGAUGAGGCGGUGCCAGGGCUGCGGCCGCACGAUGCCGAGGUGGACGCCACCCUCAAGGCCCUCAACAACCAGAUCGAGAGCAUCCGCAGCCCUGAGGGCUCCCGCAAGAACCCGGCCAGGACCUGCCGAGACAUCAAACUCUGCCACCCCGACUGGAAGAGCGGCGAUUACUGGAUCGACCCUAACCAGGGCUGCACCCUGGACGCCAUCAAGGUCUUCUGCAACAUGGCCACAGGGGAGACGUGUGUGUACCCCAGCCCCGGCAGCAUCCCCAGGAAGAACUGGUGGAGCAGCAAAGCCAAGGAGAAGAAGCAUGUCUGGUUUGCCGAGACCAUCAAUGGUGGCUUCCACUUCAGCUACGGCGCUGAGGACCUGGCACCCAACACGGCCAACAUCCAGAUGACCUUCCUGAGGCUGCUGUCCACCGAGGGCUCCCAGAACGUCACCUACCACUGCCGCAACAGCGUGGCCUAUCUGGACGAGGAGUCGGGCAGCCUGAGGAAGGCGCUUCUCAUCCAGGGCUCCAAUGAUGUCGAGAUCCGUGCUGAGGGCAACAGCCGGUUCACCUACAGCGUGCUGGAGGACGGCUGCACGAAACACACCGGGAAGUGGGGCAGGACUGUCAUCGAGUACCGCUCACAGAAGACCUCGCGCCUGCCCAUCGUGGACAUUGCACCUAUGGACAUUGGGGGACCCGAGCAGGAGUUUGGGGUCGACCUCGGCCCCGUCUGCUUCUUGUAAAAAAAAAAAACCCAAUUUUUUUGGUGUGGUUGUUUGGUUUUGGUUGUCGUGGUUUUUGUUUGUUGGUUUGGUUUUUGUUUUUUUAAAAAGCCCAGCCCGAUUCCUUACAAAAAACAAAAAAACAAAAAAACACAAAAAACAGGAUCCACGCAAAAAUGGAACUGAAAAGUUCUGCACUGAAAGGGCUCACCCCAAAUCAGGGAGCAACCACCUCAUCCCAACACCAGAAUCAAAGGAAAAACCCGUUAAUAUUUAUUUAUUCUCUUCCUGGAAGACCUGUUUUUGAGGUCAGGUGGAGGUGGGAAUGUCAGUGAUCCUUUUUUCCCUGAAAAAAAUGGGAUUUCAUCAAUCCAGGUAUCAAAAAUCCCCUCCUCACCCAAAUUUGCCCCUUCCCCCCAGCAGGAGUGUUCAUGUAUAAUAUGAGUUAAAAAACACCAAAAAAAAAAACCAAAAAAACAAAAACAAAAAACAAAAAAUGGUGCUAUUCUUGUAAAACAAGUCUGUAUUUUUUAACAUCCGUUGGUAUAAAAUGAAAAAAGUUUAAAAAAAAAAAACCUUCUGGUGGAAAGUAAAAGUUGAGUUGAGUCU